CGGGCUUUCUGCAAACUGGCCAGCAGGCGGCAGUCGCGGGCUGAUGAGCCGAGGGCUGGUUGCUAUGGUAAACAAGCAGAGGUCGGAGACAUGAAGGAGCUGAAACUUGAAUCAGAAGGACGAUUUAAAAACUUCCAGAGUCGUGUUUUUUUUUUUUGUGCGUGUCGUAACGGGUUUUAUAGAUCAACUACUGCAGAUAACAAAUGUAGGCUUACAAGAGGUGAUAAGUUAUGGCUUCACCAACGAGCUGUCUUGUGAAGUCCCUACAGGAGGAGUUCAGGAAUGCGGACUACAGCAGAUGGGCGCGGCAGGACAGGGGAAGAAGCCGACCCGGAGGUCAAGGAACUCGUCCUGCGCCGCAAUCCUCCCUGCCACCCAUUCCCAGCCCGGCCGGCUGCCAUCCCAGAACCACCAUGUCACGCCAGGAAGUGAACCGCCCACUGUCGCCCCCUGCUGAUCCCCAGCAGCACACCCACACAUCCGUGGGAUCUCAGUCAAGCACAGCUCGUGUCCUGGAAUCGCCUGCCUCGUCAGCCUGCAGGCACCUGUGGCGGAAGAAGGCUGUAGAGUCUGACCCGAAGGUCCUUCAGAAAAGGGACAACAUCAGAGUGUUGAAGUUUCUGAUAAGGUCAAGGAAGCAGGCAAUUGCGGAGUUUGAGAAGCACUACGCAGCACUUCAGGAGACCAACCUGCGCCUGGCCCAGGAGAUCAGGGAAGAAGACCGGAUUUCUGCCGUCCGUGCCAGGGAAUUCCUGAAUCAGCAUGAGAAACUGGGGGACUCAAUUGGAGGUUUUGAUGGCUGGAGUCGCAGCCAGAUUGGAAAGGCCAAAGCUGACCUUGAGGAGACAGAAAGCACUCUGAAGAAAGGCCUACAGGGGCUGGAAGAACAGCUAAAUAAGCUGAAGACAGAGGUUUGUGAAGCCCAAACAGAGCUCCACACGCUGAAGACAUACAAAGACAAGCAGUACCCUGUGAAAGCUCUGAGGAUCGCAGAGAUGCAGAGAGAGAUCGUAAAACUGCAGGAGACGCAUCAGGAUGAGCGAGAGGAUAUCCAGCUGCUUGCCCAGUCCGAGAUGGGGAAGCUGGAGAAGUCCUUCAGGAGGACGGAGGAUGAGAUGCUGUCCGCAGUCGCUGAGGAAAAGAUGACCUAUAUUCCUCCUGGAGUGGAGCACAUGCUGUUCCAUAAUUCAGUAAUGAAGAAGGAAAUUGAACUUCACCAAAAAAUGAUCAGCGAGCUCGAGGAGAAGACCCAGGCGUUGGAGAAAACCGUCCAACAGCUCCAGCAAUCUAGAGCGGACAUCAGGAAAGAGAUAUUCUGCGAUGUUUUCCCCAGAAGAGAUAAAUGUGCUCCGGAUAUGGACGUGACAUUAAACAUUCCCAGAGAGGAGUGGCUCCCUAUUUAGCUACACUGAUCAUGGCAGGAGGGACUUAUACGAAAAACGCUCUAUAUCUGCGCUCAUGCGUUUGAAUUGAUUUAAUCCAGAUCAGAAAAUGUAUAUACAGUGUUUGUAACAUUAUGUUUAAUUGCUAGGUUGUUCAGAUUCAACAGCCAGUUACUGUACAUCGAGAGCAGGCUGUAUUUGUACCACUCUUACAGAUAAAGAUUACUCUUCUAAGUUGCAACAGGCUGGAACUUGUGGAACUCAUUUUACUCUUUAGAUGCAGCUCUGAAAGCAAAUCAUUUCAGUGUCUCUCACAGGAGAUUUGGCUUAUACCCUGUUGCAGUCAUAGGCCUUAGAGUUGUUACUGUUGGAUUUUGUGGGCAAACAAGGAACAGAAUGUUUUUAAUGCAAAUAUUUUUUAACCUAACUUUGUCUGUUGAGUUACUAUGUGAAACCAAAAUGAAGCACUUUGUGCA